AUGAGGCCGCCGCUCGAGUCUCCUCAACUCAACUCAGCUGCACGGCGAGCAAACACGCGAACAAACCAUGAACGGACCAGGAAACGUAACGGAGGAGGAAAACCGGCCGGGCGCCGUGGAUCGCGUCCGGAGGAGGAUGAAUCAGUUACAAACCCCACAUCGGAACCUCGGCGACAAACCAAACUCCUCCGACAGAGAUGCCCACGGAGAGCGGCAACAACGAUACCACGCGGGAAAACUCGGAAAACAACACCGCAAGGAUUUCGACAGAGGAUGUUUGUGUGA